AAGAGAAACACUACAAUGGACAUGAAAUAGUGGUAUAACGGACACUGUAAUACAAUGGAAUUCCCAUUUUCAGUCAACAAUUUGCUUGGGUCUACAAUAUCAAAGCUGGAUAAUAAUAUAUCCCCUUUUAGAAAACAUGCAGACGGAUAUGACACAAGACAACUUAGAAGACAACUCAUCGAAGUCAUUGAUCGGAUGGGUGAAGCAUCUGCAAGGGCUCAGGGACUUAGGACUAUUAUUACAACAGGACGAAAGCUUGAGUUAUCAGAUCAUAUUCUGUACAUUAUGAAGGAUGAUCAAUUAAAUGACAACAAAGGUGCUGUAGUUGGAAUAUUAAAAAUUGGACAUAAAAAAUUAUUUGUGUAUGAUACCAAGGGUCAUGUUCAUGAAAUGGAGCCAGUAUGUGUUUUGGAUUUUUAUGUUCAUGAAUCCAGACAGCGAAUGGGUUGUGGAAAACUGUUAUUUGAAUACAUGUUAAAGGAACAGAAUAUUGACCCACAUCAUUUAGCCAUUGACAAACCAUCAUUUAAAUUUAGCAAGUUUCUACAGAAGCACUACAACUUGAAGGCUGAAGUUCCACAAGUUAACAAUUUUGUCGUAUAUGAAGGGUUCUUUAGUGGACGUCCGUAUGAAGACAGUUUACGAGGGAGACGGGGAAAUUCCAGGCCUCCUAUGCACCCAAACUCAAACUAUAACAACUCUGAGAUUAAGGCUGGUAGGAGACAAGGCUCUAGUCACUACAGAUACAGGGGUUCCCCAUCUAGUCAGCUGGAGUCGGACAGCUAUCAUCCCUCCAAUCGAUCCUCCCCACGCCGAGGAGAGAACAUGACUCCAGAUUUGGUCCCUACCCCUCCCCGAGCUCCAUCACAUAUGGAAGUCUUGGAAAGAUUACUGAGUGACAGAGACAAAGUCCAAGACAUAAGGGGCCCCUCUCCUUCCACAAAACACAGAGCUUAUGGUGCAAGUGCUACACAUUAUAGUCGGCACACAAACCCUUCUCCUGAGGUUGACUCUCGACCUAAUACCACCUCUGUCCUCAAUUUACAAAUUAGGAGUGGAGGGGGAAGAGGAAGCCGACACUCCCAGAAUAGAAACCAGAAUGCUGAAACAAAUGGCAAGACCAGCCCACCUCUACUGCAAAGGGAACCUCCUAUCAAUUUCCAAGAGAGGGUGAACCUUCAUCAGGAUUACAUGGGAAGAAAUGGUCACCUUAAAGUCACAAAAGCAGUUCCUUCCAGUUUACCAUCCAUUAACAACAAUCAAAACAAAAUCCAAUACGAUGACAACCCAGCAAAAAACAUUUUAGCAGGAAUUCCCUCCCCUUGGAAGGGAAACUUUCCAAGUAAUUCUAAUUGGACUGUGUAUGGAACACCAAAUAAUUAUCAGACUAUAGGAUCUAGGCAUUAUAGCCAUACAAGAUUGUGGUGAGCAGGAGGGAGAAACAGUUCUACUGUCUUCAAACUAAAGCCUUCUCAAAAGCAUGCACAAGUCAUAAUAGCCACAGAGAAGUUCAAACUAUGUUUUAGAAAAUUAACCAAAAAUGUAUAAAUUUGACAUCAAAGUAGUAUUUAUUUAGCAUUUUUUGAAAAUAUACAAGAUUUUUUCAAAGCACUAUGGAGUCAUUGUCAGUGGCAAGAAUAAGAUGAGAAAAGAUUGUAAAGUUAAUGUGGUAGUGUUUGAAUUGAAGAGUGAUUGUGGCUUUUUUCAUGAAUCAGCUUGGUUGUGUGCAGUUUGAGAUUUCUUCUACAAGAUAACAGUAAUCCAGAAAUGGAUUACUUAUCUUACAUCUUUUGUUCAUUUUCUGUAUUAUUUUUAUAUUGAACAAACCCUUUGAGACUCUUUAAAAAAGGAUUCAUUUUGCAUUUUUAGCCAAAGAAGAUUGUUCAUUACAUGUGUUUCACAAUCAUUAUCACCCUUGAUAUAAAAGUUGAGUCACAGCAGAUGGUGAAAUUACAGAUUGAUUUACCAAU